AAGAAGUUGGGUGAAUAUACAAACGACAUAACAAUGUCCAACUCCGAUUGCCUUCCCGACUACCCGCUCAACUCAGAUUUAGUGAGGAGAUUAAAGUCCGCCCUGGCCGCCAGCGAUGAGGAGAGAGUGAGGGACUUGCUCUGCACUGAAGUUGGGCAGGUGGACGCCGUGAUCGAACUGGCCAAUGACGACUGGAUGAAAGACCCGUCGGCUCAGCUGCCCCCCGGGGUGCUCCUAGGAGACCUGGACCGCCUUGAGGCCCUCAUGGACCAGUUCUUCCAGGAUGCCAACGUGGUGUUUGAGAUCAAGAAGGACGAGAUGGAGUGGCAGGUGAAAUCCUCAGCCACGUUUGGCCCGUCAGGCCUUUGGACCCUGGAGUACAAGCGGGAGCUCACCACGCCCCUGUGCAUCGCCGCGGCCCGUGGCCACACGGCCUGCGUGAGCCACCUGAUCGCCCGCGGCGCCCACCCCGACGCCAGCCCCGGCGGCCGCGGCGCCCUGCACGAGGCCUGCCUGGGGGGCCACACGGCCUGCGUCCAGCUGCUGCUGCGGCACCGCGCCGACCCCGACCUGCUCAGCGCCGAGGGCCUGGCGCCCCUGCACCUCUGCCGCACGGCCGCCUCGCUCGGACCUCGUGGCCCCUGCCUCGCCCACGGACCCAAUGGGUCCUCGGCCUCGCCCCUGCACGCUGACACCCAGACCCGGGACCCCGCCUCGGCCACCGCCACGGCCCUUGCGGUCCAUCAGAGCCCCGCGAUGGCCACAGCGCUCGCUCCACCCGGGUACCCCGCCCUGCCCUCGGCCACAGACCCUGGACCCCGACCCGCCCUUGGUCCCUACCCCGACCCCCACCACCAGACCCAGACCCCGGACCCCCGACCCGGUACCCGGACCCCCGGGCCCCACCUCGGGACCAGACCCGGGCCCGUGCUGGGGUCCUGGAAGUCCUGCAGCUCCGCGUCCAGCCCCGCGCUGUCCUUGCAGAGUGUCUGUCCCCGCGGGGUCCAGUGCGCGCAGGCGCUGCUGGAGCACGGCGCCUCGGUGCACGGCGCGAGCGGCGCGGGCGGGGACACGCCGCUGCACACGGCCGCCUGCGCGCCCCAGGCCGCGCCGCAGCGCACCGUGCAGGCGCUGCUCAACCACGGCUCGCCCACCGUGUGGCCCGACGCCUUCCCCAAGGUGCUGAAGACCUGCGCGCCAGUCCCUGCCGUCAUCGAGGUGCUCUUCAACUCCUACCCUCAACUCCGCGUGUCGGAGUCCUGGAAGGAGGUGAUUCCCGAAGAAGUGUUUCAGAUGCACCAGCCUUUCUACAAGUCUUUCUUUGCCUUGGCCCACACCCCACGCUGUCUGCAGCAUCUCUGCCGCUGUGCCAUACGGAAAUUAUUUGGCAAAAAGUGCUUUUACCUCAUACCCCUGCUACCAUUGCCGAAGUCCCUGCAAAAUUAUCUCCUUUUGGAGCCGGAGGGUGUUUUGCACUGAAAACCAGAGCAUUUGGACCAAGGCUCAUGUCCUCGUCUUUUCCUUCCCCAGCGGCUGUAUGGU